CGUACAAGGGCUCUACUUUUCAACAGCAGCUAUCGACCUCGAAACGACAAGCGCCCAAAAGGACGAACGAGGCCAAGCACGAAGCGGCAGAACUGACUCGAUGGUCCCAUCCUGAACAAGUUGCGACACUUCACACCUGCUCAAUUGGAGUCAUAGACCCACGCGAGCUGAGGUAGCACCGCCUUGGGGAGUCGAGUCGAGUCGAGUCUCGCAGCACAGAGGAAAGGCAAAGAAAAUGGGGCGAAAUUUCCGGGCCGCGCGGGUCUACGAGACAGUGCGCGACUUCCUCGAAACCGAUGUCGUCAAGAGGGCCGCGGGCCAGCGGCCAAGGAAGCCGCCGGCGUGGUUCUCGGCCGUCCAGAUGAUACCGCCGACAGAGCUCCUGACACGGCCGCACUCCAUCCAGCACUCGCCGCCCGACGCCAACGCCCGCCGCCCGCACAACAUCUACCGCCCGACCAAGAUUGUCUACCCCGAAGACCAAAUGCGCUACCAGUUCUACAAGGACCACCCGUGGGAGCUAGCCCGCCCCAAGCUGCUGCUGGAGCACGACGGCAAGGACGGUCGGCAUCGCGACUGGAGCAAGGGUCUGCGCCAGCCCGGCAUGGCCCUGAGCGGCGAGAGCGUCGUGCAGCGGCAGCUCUGGCUGCUAGAGAACACGCCGGGGAUGAGCGUGGCGGAGGCGUACGACGCGGCGCGGCACGAGUUCUACAAGCUGCGGCAGCAAGAGGACAUUACGCGGCGCAUCGCGGUCGAGGAGGCGCGGUACGUGGGCGCCUACUUCGGCAAGGGCCCCAUACAGGUCAGCAUGAUCAACGAGGACAAGGCGUACGACGAGUGGCGGGUGUGGGCGUACGGCCACAUCCAGAAGGCGGCGGCCCUACAGGAGCAGGGCAGCGCGCAGGUGAUCGGCACGCCCGACGUGCUCGAUGUCGACGUGGACGACGAGGGGGCGGCGGCGGCGGCGUCGGAAGCUCCCGCAAUCCCGCAAUAGUAGGAGACUUGUUUCUGCGGAGGUUUUUUCGUCGCCAUCCCUCUUGUCUCUCCUAUCUUGUCAUCAACAAUCAUGUAGUAUAUAUAGACAUGUGUUUUGAACAGACAAAGCUACAUGUUGUAAAAAUCUAAGAAAUAUGUUGAACCCAACA